AUGCUGCUACCUCCAUGUAACACCGCAAUGUCUGGUUUGGCAUUGCAUAAGAGGCUUCCUAGUGGGUUUGAAGAGAGGAUUCGAACGAUUAUCCAGUUCUACUUUCAUAUUCGGAAGCUAUCCAAAGAUAUGUCGGGAGACGCUGAAACUGAGCUACCACUUCAAGUCGGGAAUAACUCUGCAGUGGAAGUCGGCGAUUGCAUCAAUCUGAGUGGGUUUGGUGACCCUCAAGAUCUUUAUAUGGACAACUCUGAUCUGUUGUCUUGUGUGGUGGUAUUGAACAAAAAUGAACGCCUCUCACGAUUUCUGGUAACCGAUCGGCUACAGCUUAUACUGGUAGAGCCGGAUACACGAAAAGCUGGAUGGGCAAUCGUACGAUUCGUAGGAUUACUACAGGAUACACAAAUCAGUGGUGACCCAUCGGAUAGUAAAUCUCUUCAUGUAGUUGUUGAGGGACAGCCGAAUCGUCAAAGGAAACGUCAAGCACUCCUCACUGCUCGUUUCGUUUUUGACGAUCAUAUAAGAUGUAUGGCAGCGAAACAACGUUUGACCAAGGGGCGCCAAACAGCACGAGGAUUGAAACUGCAGGCGAUAUGUGAUCUACUCGGUGUACCUCGAAUAGGAACACAGUCUCCUCGAUCGAAUCCAUUCCGAAUAGUUAAGGGAUGUGCUCCAGGGAGCGUGAGAAAGUUUGGUUUUCCAACGAUGUCGUCGAGGUCAUCGUCGAAUUCCGUGCCCGAUGAUCCAGCUCCGCGUUCGUCCCCAUCACUUCCUUCGGUAAGCGGGGUAAAACAUGUAUAG